AUGUCAUACCCAGAUCCAAUGCAACAUGGCCAGUCCACAACACCAUACCCACCUCCAAUGCAAUUGGCUCAGGGACCGUUGCCAUACCCACUUUCAAUGCUACCAGGCCAAUCAACUACGUCGUGCUCACCUCCUAUGCAACCUGGUCAAUCAACAACAUCAUACCCACAUCCGAUGCCACCGGCCCAGGAGACAGUUGCAUACCCACCUCCAAUGCCACCGGAUCAGGGACCGAUGUCAUACCCACCUCCAAUGCUAACUGGCCAACCAGGCCAAAUCACACCGUUCCAGCUACCCCAAGCACCAGCUCAAGCAACAAUGUCAUCCACACCUCAAAUGCAGCCAGACGGAGGGGCAAUGUCACAGGUACCUCAAAUGCUACCGACGCCCUUCACCACCCCAUCGGCUUAUGAUCAGACUGCUCCGCAGUCCAAUGAUAGGCCUAUAGUCGAGCCUCUAGUCGUGUGGUGCGUCUGCAUCCCUGGUGACGGCUCCCCUAUCCACAGAAAGAUGAUCGAGAUCGUCACUGGAGAAAACGACCCGACUUAUUACAUGCCCGCACUACAGAAUUGGUGGCCGAAAGGGGAUCCGACUGCGAAGGCUGUGUACCCAACCCUACAUGCACCAUUCGAUCCUGCACCCCUGGGCGGCUACUACUUCCUCUUUACCAUCGUCGAUGCCGUUACCAUCCCUUGCAAUGCCUGGCUUGGGCACCGUACCUGCGGCGACGCAUUCCUUCUGAAAAUCAACGAGUUCCUAUGCAAGCCUAGGUCUGGACAUACGGCACUUCGGUACGCGAUCUAUCAAAGUGUGCCGGAAGACAUGAUUGUGAGCCCGUUGUUAGCGGAAAUAAUGCGGCCAAUAGAGUGGAUGAUUUUGCCACCGCAUGACCGUAUAAUGAGGUUGGGAUUUGCCAGGGCCAUGAGAGAGAGGGAGGAAACGCAGCCAAGGGAGAACGAAGAGAAUGACAAGGAGAACGGAGAGACUAACAGGGAGAACGAAGAGAGGGACAGGGAGAACGGAGAGACUGACAGGGAGAACGAAGAGAGGAACAGGGAGAACGAAGAGACUAACAGGGAGAACGAAGAGAGAAACCAGGUGAGGGGACAAAAGAGACAGAGGAUUUUCAAGAAGAGAAAAAGGAUUACCAAGCUGGAACAGAGGAGGAGGGAUCACGAGGAGAGGAAGAGGUAUAGGGAACAGAUGAGGAGGGAAUUGGAGGAGAAGCAGAGGGACUGGGAUAUGAUGACGAGCGAACAAAGAGAGCUGAUAGAGUCGAAGAAAGAUCAGUUGGAGAAAGAAUUGAGGGAGAGGGAACGGGAGGAGAUCAGGAGGGAGACAGCUCAGAGGCAGAUUGUGAGGGAUCAGAGGAAUUGGGAGAGGCUGGAAAGGCAGGACAAGGAACAGAAAGGGAUGGUACAGAGGGAGAGGGAGAGAGAGAGGGAGAGAGAGAGGAAAGAGAGGGAGGAGAGCGAGGAGAGGGUGCAGCACGAGAGGAUAGAGUAUGAACGGGCAUUUGCGGCGGAAAUUAUGCGUAAAUAUGUUUAUGGGGAAUCGGAACAGAUGGAUCAGAGCGAGAGGCAGGAGAGCGAGAGGGGGAGAGAGUGGCGUAUGAGCGAGCAUCCGCGGCGGAGGUUUUGA